AUGAGGAGAGUGCUUUUGGACCCUCGAUUUCAGUUUAUGUUUGUUAACCGUGAUCCAUGUCCUCAUUUGGAUCCAAUGGGGCCAGAUGAAAUCAGGUUCCAUAUUUUCAGUAAGCUUGUUGAUAAGUAUUCCGAAGUAUUAAUGCCUUCCGAAAAACUAGAGCAGUUUGGUGCUUGUCCGGCCACCGUUCUCGAGUUUUUUUUCUUCCGUCUUGAGAGAAUUAUUGAUAUGUUUGCUUCCGUGGCUGGCUAUUCUGCUAUCAUGCCACCACAUGAACACCUUACAAUUAUGAUGAGCCGGGGAGAACGUAAGCAUCCUGGUUUUCUUGUGCUGCUUCCACUGGGACCUCCAGACUACUAUCGUUCAAGGUUUCUGCCUCUGCGUCUGUGUAAUCUCUUUGUAAAUACAUUGCCUCCAAGGAUCACACUCAAGGAGCUUGCUAUUAUUAAGCUCACAGCACAGUUCGCGAUGCGGUAUGGGAGGCCUUUUAUGCUGGAUUUGAUGAGCAGAGUGUAUAUGGAGCCUGAGUUUGAGUUUCUGAACACACACUGA